AUGCCCAAGUACUACGAGGAGAAGGAGGUGGACGGGCAGGCGUGCGCCGGCGUCAGGGAGGAUCUGCGGCAGUGCCUGCUGGAGAGCGCCUGCGUGCUGCACGAGAACAAGAGCCCUAGACAGUGCUUGAAGGAGGGCCACUGCAGAAGUUUGCAAAUGACAUUUUUUGCGUGUAAAAGGUCCAUGCUGGAUACCAGAGCAAGGUUCCGAGGAAGGAAGGGCUACUGA